AUCCCUCCACUCGCUCCAAAACCCCACUCCCUUUUCUUCUUCCUCCAGACCUUAAACCCUAGCCAUCACCACUGAACCCUAGCCCUCCAACAAUGGCGAUUGACCCAAAGACCGUGGAAUCCGACCGCGUCCUCAUCCUCGACUACGGCUCCCAAUACACUCACCUCAUCACGCGCCGAAUCCGCGCCCUCUCCGUCUUCUCCCUCUGCAUCUCCGGCACCAGCCCUCUCUCCGCCAUCGCCGACCACCAUCCCCGUGUCGUCAUCCUCUCCGGCGGGCCCCACUCCGUCCACACACCGGGCUCCCCUUCCUUCCCGGACGGCUUCGUCGAGUGGGCGGAGGCCAACGGCGUCUUCGUCCUUGGCAUCUGCUACGGCCUCCAGCUCAUCGUCCAGAAGCUCGGCGGCGAGGUUAGGAUUGGGGAGAAGCAGGAGUACGGGAGGAUGGAGAUUGAGGUCGAGAGGAGUUCGGGGAUUUUCGGCAACAAGAAGUGCGGAGAUUCGCAGACCGUUUGGAUGAGCCACGGCGACGAGGCCGCCAGGUUGCCGGAGGGGUUCGAGGUGGUGGCGCGGAGCCGGCAGGGUGCCUUCGCCGCCAUUCAGAAUCAGACGAGGAGGUUUUAUGGCCUCCAGUAUCAUCCCGAGGUGACACAUUCGCCACUAGGGAUGGAAACACUUUGUUAUUUUCUCUUUGAUGUUUGCGGUGUGAAGGCGGGUUGGAAAAUGGAAAAUGUUUUGGAUCAAGAGAUAAAAGUGAUAAAAGAGACAGUGGGGCCUUGUAAGCAUGUUAUUUGCGCAUUGUCCGGUGGUGUGGACUCCACAGUUGCUGCUACGCUUGUUCAUAAAGCGAUUGGUGAUAGACUUCAUUGCAUUUUUGUUGACAAUGGUUUGCUGAGGUACAAGGAAAGGGAACGUGUAAUGGAAACUUUUGAGAGGGAUCUUCAUCUGCCUGUUAUUUGUGUGGAUGCAACAAAUGACUUUCUGAGUAAAUUAAAAGGUGUGGAGGAUCCCGAGAUGAAAAGAAAAAUCAUUGGAAAGGAAUUUAUCAGCAUCUUUGAUGCUUUUGCCCACGAGUUAGAGAAGAAAUUUGGAACAAAACCUUCCUACUUGGUCCAAGGAACCUUAUACCCUGAUGUAAUUGAAUCUUGUCCACCGCCUGGAUCUGGUAGUACUCACUCUCACACAAUCAAGAGUCAUCACAAUGUUGGGGGACUUCCCAAGGACAUGAAACUGAAGCUAAUUGAGCCACUCAAGCUUCUCUUUAAGGACGAGGUUCGCCAAAUGGGAAAGAUACUAAAUGUUCCAGAAGGAUUUCUAAAGCGCCAUCCCUUUCCUGGGCCUGGUCUCGCAGUACGAGUUAUUGGUGAUGUAACUGUGGGGAAUUACUUGGACACCCUCCGCUUGGUUGAUGAGAUUUUUAUCCAGGCAAUCAAGGAUGCUGGGCUUUAUGAUGUCAUCUGGCAAGCAUUUGCAGUGUUUUUGCCCGUGAAAACUGUUGGAGUUCAAGGUGAUCAAAGAACACAUGGUCAUGCAGUUGCCCUUAGAGCUGUUACGAGUGAGGAUGGAAUGACAGCAGACUGGUACCCUUUUGAAUCCAAAUUUUUGGCUGAAGUGUCGCAAAAGAUUUGCAAUAGUGUUCGAGCUGUAAACCGAGUCAGUUACGAUAUUACAUCUAAGCCUCCAUCAACAAUUGAAUGGGAAUGACACAGGGAAGGAUCCUUGUGUGAUUUAUAGGGUAGCGAACUUUAUAGUUGUAUACAAGUUAAGGUUCCAGUAAUUUAUGCUUUCCUUGGUAUCAAAUCUUGCAAGGUUGGCAAGAAAUGGAUUGGAAUCGUAUCCGAUUUUUCGCUUUGAAUAAUCUUUGGAGCUAUUUUGUACUAGUGUUUUAGCUCUUCACAAGAUUUUGAUCCUCACGAUCUGCAUUAAAUUCAAAUGAUAUGGAAUCACAGAAGGUUACUAUCAUGGAAUGAAGAAUAUUUAACUACUCUUCGCUGCAGAAUGUGAAAGAACUUGUCUACGAAUGUCUCAUGGAAUGAUGCUGUGAGCUCUCAAGAAACAAUUAUCUUCAGUUGAUCUGAUGUAAUCUUGAUCAUGUGAAGGAGAUAUUAUGGCUUGUUCGGUUGCAGUUUUUAGUUAUGGUAAUUUGAGUGUAGAUAUUUUGUUGAAUUUGAGUUAUAAUUUGAGUUUGUGUUUGG